AUGGGAAAGAACCAGUCCAAGCUCACCCCGGAACAACUGGCCGACUUGCAAAAGAGCACUUACUUCGACCGCAAAGAGCUCCAGCAAUGGUACAAGGGCUUCUUGAAGGAUUGCCCAUCUGGCGUGCUGGACAAGCAGGAGUUCAUCAAAGUGUACAAAUCAUUCUUUGCGUUCGGUGACCCCUCGACAUUCGCCGAGUUCGUCUUCAACGUCUUUGACGAGAAUGGAAACGGCACAAUCGACUUUAAAGAGUUCAUCUGUGCACUGUCUGUCACUUCUCGGGGCAGGCUGGACGAGAAGCUGAGGUGGGCUUUCCAGUUGUAUGACAUCGAUGGUGAUGGCACAAUCACCUACGAUGAAAUGCUGACUAUUGUGAGGAGCAUCUACAAGAUGACCGGUCAGAUGGUCAAGCUGCCGGAGGAUGAGGACACGCCGGAGAAACGCGUCGACAAAAUCUUCCGUAUGAUGGACCGAGACAAGAAUGCGCAGUUGACAUUUGAAGAAUUCAAAGAAGGCUCCAAAUCCGAUCCGACCAUCAUCCAGGCGUUGAGCUUGUAUGAUGGUCUGGUCUGA